UGUGCCACCGUCACUCCCAGUCUUGCUGGAAACUUUGCAUAAAAACUACCUUUUUGUUUUUUGUGAAAGUCAUCAAAAGAACAACAUUUGGCUGCUUCUCUACUCUUUUCAGGGCUUUUCUCCCUACUAAUUCCUUUCCUUUCUGUUUCAUAUUUUGAACCUGAACUGGGACGGUUGGGUCAGUCUCUCACAUUGUGAACAGUGGAGAAAACCUACGCAGUGAACAAAUGAUGCAGUUCUUCAAGGAUGACCCCUGGUCCUCUCUAUUGGCCCAAAGCUCCAUAUUGUGUGGCAGUGAUGCUUGGCAGGGAGAGCAGGGGAGACAUUGGAGAAAUCUUCAAGUAGAGAAACUCUGUGAAAGUUAUGCAGACAAUCAGUGUGGGGAAACCUCCCGCCAGGCUCCAGACCUCACUGCGACACAAAGCAGUCUUCCAGAAGGAAAUCCGCUUCGGUGCCGUGCAAGUGGGACCGUUUUCCUGGACCACUCAUCGUACCAUCUCCGUGUCAGGUCUCACACGGGAUGCAAUACCUGUGGCUGGGAUCAGUGUGGAGAAGCUGUCUGUUGCCUCUCUAACCAAGCCACCGCUGCAAGCCCUCUUAAAAGGCAGAAAUCCCAUAUUCAAAAGGGAUGUGGGAAGGAUUUCUGUGGUACAGCAAGUCUUUGGCAUCCUGUGGGAACAGGCACUGGUGAGAAAAGCGAUGAAGGUAACAAAUGUGGGAAACAUUUCUAUAGUUUCUUAUCCCUUUCGGCGCAUAUGAGAGAUGGUGGGGAUGAAUGUCAAGAAUUAUCCAAGCCCUACGGUGAUCCUUCAUCCCUAGUUUCACAUAAAGCAUUCGAUAGCUCCGACAAGCCUUAUGUAUGCCAGGAAUGUGGAAAAGACUUUAGGUCUUCGUCCUCCCUCACCCAACAUAGGCAGACUCACAAGGGAGAGAAGCCUUACAAAUGUAAGGAAUGUGGCAAAGCGUUCACUAGCUCCUCAUACCUCACCAUCCAUGUCAGACUCCACCUGGGAAUAAAGCCUUAUGAAUGUACGGAAUGUGGGAAAUUCUAUGGACAUCCGUCCCACCUUUCUAGACACCUAAGAAUUCACAGUGGAGAAAGGCCGUACGAAUGUAAGGAAUGUGGCAAAACCUUUCGCCUUUCCGAAACCCUUAGGAAACACAUACGAAUUCACACUGGAGAGAGGCCUUAUGCAUGUAAAGAGUGUGACAAAGCCUUUCCUAAUUCCGAAAGUCUUAUUAAGCACAAACGAAGCCACAGUGGAGUGAUGCCGUAUGCAUGUAAGGAAUGUGGCAAACCCUUUCGAUAUUCAUAUAACCUUAGGACCCAUCUCGUGACUCACAGUGGAGAGAGACCCUAUCAAUGUAAGGAAUGCGGCAAAACCUUUAGUCGGCCCGAUUGCCUUUCUCAGCACACACGGAUUCACAGUGGGGAGCGUCCCUAUGAAUGUAAGGAAUGCGGGAAAACCUUCAGGUCUUCCUCCCACCUUGGUGUGCACAGAAGAGCACACCUCGGAGUGAAACCGUACGGAUGUAAGGUCUGUGGGAAAACCUUUGGACAGCUGUCAAACCUCAAUACACAUAUGAUCACGCACAGCAGAGAGAGACUUUAUGAAUGUAAGGAAUGUGGGAAGACCUUUACUCGGCGCGAUUCUACGCUCACCUACGAGUACCGGCUGGCAUGA